ACUUCCUGAUGCUAGCGUUUACCGGUUAAUUAUAUUUUAAACAACUAGCGUAAACCGAUAACCGUUUCUCAGCUUGGGAACAAACUCGACAUAACUGAGCACAAAUACUGCUUGUGGGCUUUGUGUACCUCCAAACAAAAAAAAAGAGCAGAAACAGUCACGUGACCGCACGCCGUAGUUCAAGAUGGAGACUGAGCGAUUUGGUGGCUUCACUGUUAGCUAGCUAGCUGUUUACAGUAAUUACAAUAUGGCAAAUACGACGGACUGCUAGACGUUUUAACGCUAAUAGCAAGAGUUAUAGCAUAACCUGAGAUGUGCAUUUGGCAGCUGUGGACCACGAUGAAGUAAAGUUGUGUGUAAACAUAGACCACCUGAAGAAUAUUCAAGAUAAGAGGUAGCCAGGGGAGAAAACUGUCAAUGGUCAUCAUCACAAACUCAUUUUGAGCGAGAGGAGAUCGAUAUGUCGCUGAGAGAGUUAAAGGUUUGUCUUCUGGGGGACACUGGCGUUGGAAAGUCAAGUAUUGUAUGGAGAUUUGUGGAGGACAGCUUUGACCCAAACAUCAACCCAACAAUUGGGGCAUCCUUUAUGACCAAGACAGUGCAAUAUCAAAACGAGCUGCACAAGUUCCUGAUCUGGGACACGGCAGGACAGGAGCGGUUUCGUGCUCUAGCACCAAUGUACUACAGAGGUUCAGCUGCAGCCAUCAUUGUUUAUGACAUAACGAAAGAGGAAUCCUUCCAAACACUGAAGAACUGGGUGAAGGAGCUGCGCCAGCACGGUCCUCCCAAUAUCGUGGUCGCCAUCGCUGGCAACAAAUGUGACCUGUCAGACGCCAGGGAAGUGCCAGAGAAAGAUGCCAAGGACUAUGCUGACUCCAUCCACGCCAUCUUUGUAGAAACCAGUGCCAAGAAUGCCAUUAACAUCAACGAGGUGUUUAUAGAGAUAAGUAAGCGCAUCCCCGUUGCAGACGCAGCAGGAGCAACUUCAGGAAAAGGUUUCAAACUGGGACGGCAGGCCUCAGAGUCUCGCAGGACGUGCUGCUGAUGAUGCCGAUGACUGAACCCACAUGACCUGUGACCUGACCUGUGCUUUCCCGUCGCAUCUCCGGCCUGCUUUAGCUUACAGCCACUACACACCCUCAGACACCCCGCUCAUGUGACCCGGGUGCAGUAUUGCCAAACUGAUGGCCGUAGCAAAUGAAUUUUCAACAACAGCAAAUUGUCAUAUAUUGUCUGAAAAUUGCUGGCAGGAGAAGAACCUCAAGUUUACUGAGCAUUGACAAAAAUGCCUGCAUUAAUACAUUGACAUGUAAGUGAAGGGCCCCCAUACAUAUAAUUUAAUUGGCUUCUAUUAUGGAUAUUAACCUCUGUUUGGUGUAUUAUAGCCCAAUAGUUGAUCAAAAGAACUUUACAACUAGUUCUAGUAGUUAUUCAUGGAUUCAGGAGUCAUUUGUACUUGUAAAUUUGUACAAAUCCAUCAUCUUUCAACCAAAACAUGUGCAGAAAUGAUUCAGUUUCACCAAAUGAUUUUGAUACUACUUAAGUUAUUGCCUUUGGUUUGUUUGGGAGAUCUCUCCCCAAACAUUCUCAGUUUUGUGAAGGAUCCAUGUGUACUGUUAAUGUGUGUAAUCACUAAUUUAUCGUAAGAUUUUGAUGAAAGAGCUUAUGGUGGUCAUCAGUGUUUGCACCAGUUUCUCGUUUUAGCUUUUUGGAAGGACAGUUAGGAGAGAUGCUGGUGAUUCGCAGUCUAGCAAGAAGGAUUGUGCACGCUAGAUUUACAUUUUAUGGUGUGAUUGCUGUUUUCAUCAAGAUAUGUUUCAAGACAAAAUACCAAGGGGGUGUUUUGAUGUAAAUUGCAAUCAUAUGGUUAAAAAUGCAGAAAUGAAAGGUGUGUGGGAGCACACUUCCUUAUGUUAAAGGAGUGGAUGACAUUUUGGGAAAUACGCCUUGUUAUUUCUUGCCGAGGGUGAGAUGAGAAUAUUGAUACCAUCUCCAUAUUAUACGUCUGUAUGGUAAAUUAUGUUGCUGGAACCAACAGCUGGUUAGCGUAGCUUAGCACAAAGACUGGAAAUGGGAGGAAACAGUGAGUGGGACUCUGUCCAAAUGUAAUCAUUUCUGUCUGUUAUUGCUUUUUUGUUUAAUCUGCAUAGAAACUGAAGUGUAAAAACAACAAUUUAUCCAGCCAGGAACUCCAGGAAGUUACUGAUACCAGUUACUGAUCACAAAAGAAACAGAACCAGACUUAUACCCCAGUUUCCAGUCUUUAUGCUAAGCUAAGCUAACCAGCUGCUGGCUGUUGCCUUAAAUGAAACCGAUAGAUAUGAGAAUGAUAUCAUUCUUCUCAUCUAACUCUCAGAAAGCAAAUAAGUGCACAGUAUAUCCCAAAAUUAACUAUUCCUUUAAUUGUGACUUUUGCUCUCCUCUCUUUGGCUCGUAAGGAUAUUUUGAUUGUCCCUUGCCCCUGAGAAUGAUAACAAACUAUUCUAAAAUCUCAUCUCUGUGAUGAGAACAACUGUACAGUCCACAUCUCAUAAUGAUGGUUCUUUAAUCAGGGCUGAAAAUGCUGAGUUUUCAAGUUUAUUAUUAUAUAACAGUCCAAGCUGCUCACAUGUGCUACACGCUUCCACUUGUCAUUACUGAAAAGGUAUUAACUGAAUCCUGAAUAUGAAGUUCCCCAUAGUGCACACAGUAUACUGCCAGUUGUGUCACAUAUUACUUUGACUUUAUUUUUCUCUAAUCUUGUUUUAACUGUUCACUGGCCUGUCACCAACCCUUUGCUGCUACUUUACAACAGUUUUACAGGGGAGGCUGAUAUUUGUGAGGUCUUGCCAAAGUCUUUAAUUGUCCCAUAAACAGUAUUUCAUCUUUCCUUUUUUUUCACAUAAUCAGCACUGGCUCGCACUUGAGAUGUUGUUUUACUACCUGGCCAGCGAUGAAAACAGUGAGAUCUGGAAACAAGACAUAGUUUAGAGGAAACUCGGAUUUUAGAGCUUAAAUUUCCCUUUUGCAGAACAUUAUAGGUGCAGAAUUAGACGUGGCACUGUGUCGACAUGCUGACCCCUUAAUGAACCAUAGUCUCCAUCCUGCUCUGAAUUACUAGAUGCGCUGUGUUCCAAGGUCUGCUUUCUGAUUUCCCUUCAUCCCAACUUCUUUUGCCUCAUUCCUCCAAAUUCCAGGCACUUAUUGAAGGUACAGCUUUCAGUUGGUUUCAGUCAAAUAUGGUUCACCAUACCACAGCUUUCACAGAGCUCCAUCAUCCUCUGACAUUCAUGAAAAGUAUUACUACUCUGUGAUCAUUAUGCUAUUUUACAGUAAUUUAAGGUAUCUCUUAUUCUGACCUAAUUGAACUUCAGUAGCAGUUUACCCAUGAACCCGCACAGACUUAUUAAUUCCGUGCAAAGUCUUUGCGAAGUUGCCAAAAAUACAGAUGUGGGCUCAAUUACACUGCAUCUAUAAAUCUGGAUUGUGUGCUUUUCUGUCAGCGCAUGCCACUUUAUUUGCCUUUUAGCAUCUUAAAUGUAUCUGUAUUGAUCAGUCGUGUGCUAAGCAGUGCUGCCUGUUUCUCCAGACUUUUCCUAGAGAAUGCAAUAGUUGUUACUAUGAUGAAGGUAACAUGUGACUUAAGUCAAGAAAUCAGUUACAGAGUGUUAUGUUCACACAGUAGGGCACGCAAUCAUGCAAAAAAUUGAUCUAAUUCCCUGCAGUCUCAAACAGAUAAUAAUGACAGCUUUAUAUUGACCUCACUUUAUGCUGAUCUGAUGACAGUUCUGCUCAUUCAUUGUUGAUCAAAUGAGUAGUGUCAUAGAGCCAACCAAAUCUCUGGCAUUCUAGGUCAAAACUUUAACUUGUGAUUGAUUUUGAUUCACGCUGCUGUCUUUGAUAAUUCGCCCUGCACUACAUCGUAAUACUAACUCUAGCUAGUAUUUAACAUAGCUUCAGCAAUUACAUAAAAAAGGGAAUCACUCUGGUACUUGGAAAGCUGCACAUUGACUGUUUGUAUUAAUUGGCUCUUAUUACUAACUAACCCUCUGUCUGCAGUCUGUUAUCAUCUUUGUGAAAUAACUUGAUGAAACAUUCUUGUAAAGGUAUCAGACUUCUUAAUGUCCCAUGAUGUUAUUUUAGGUUUUGACUGUUUGCUCAGUUCUCAUUGCUAUGAAGAACAUGCUGCCAAAUAAUGUCAAAGCCGUUUUACUACAUCACACAUAAUUAACCUUUUUUUUUAUUAUCAAUAUAAUAUAGUGAUUUAAAGUGCUAAUCACAUAAAUGCUUAAAAGUUUUUGAAGUUUGAAAAAGACAUGUUUUUUCUUUAUUUGAAAACAGGAGGCAUGGGUAGAAACUGUAUGCCAGAUUUGCAUUGAAAAAUACCAAUAGUCUUGGGCUGGCCCUGGGAAUGUGAUGAAUCUAUAUUAUGUAUAUUUUUCAGUGUAGAUAUAUACCAUCAAAUUGCACACAAAUCAAUAACUAUAUUCUACUCUAAGCCAGUUGUGUGACCACAAUAGACUUGUACACCGUUUGCAGUAAUUCCAUCAGCAUUAUAGUUACCAUAUUUAGCUUUUUACUAUGUUUCAUAUGGAUUGUUACAAAAGGCCUGAAAACACUUGUUUGCAGUGUAUUUCCAAAUGUGUAAAAAGGGAAUUGUCAAUUUGUUUACUAA